AUGGCUCUGCAGGAGGCGAAGCCCCAGCGCCCCAGGGAAGCUGGGCCGGCGGCGCGGGGGCUCGGCCGGGCCGGCGGGGGAGCCGCGCGCUGCCCGGGCGUGAGGGGCCCCGGGGCCGGCGCGUCCCGGGAUGCGCCGCCGCUGUCGCCGCUGCUGGUGGGACUCCUGCUGCUGGCGGCCCUUCCCGAGCACGGCCGCGCCGACCCGGGAAUGGACAAUCUACAGAUAAAUGUCACCCUGACCCCAGAGUCAUUUCCUCAUGGGAAAUUGUUACCGAUUUCACCAACAUGGCCUUUCUCAGAAGUUGAGUCUUCCUCGGCAGUGGACAGAAGCGAGCGUGUGCUGGCAUGGUCCCCCGAUGACACAGGCUCGCGGCAGCCAGCCCGAACUCCUCUGCCCAAGACCCACCGCAGAGCUAGGGCUCCCAUGGACUUCUCCUCGUCCCUUUACCAAGGAAGUGGACAGAGCGCCUCCCUCGAACCUCCCAAGGAGUCCUCUGAGCCCCUGGUCCGAGCAAGGCCUCGCACCCACGUGUCAGGUUUGCCUCUCUCCAGCAUGCUCCCCCUGGUGUCCACAGUCGCGGUGGCGCCAGCCUCGCCCUCUGUCUUCCCAUCUCAGCCAGGGCGGGUGGGGACUCCCUCCAUCUCCAGACAGCCCCUGAGGUCAGGCCACCGCCUGCGUCUCCCACCACCUCCCUCCUCCUCAUUGGCUUCUGAAGGUCCUCAUUCCAUCCUCUUUCCCAAGCCAGCAGAGCGACCCGCCAACGUGCCUUCAGUCCCCCAAACAGCUCCAGCCGACUCCUCCUCAAGUCAGAGCCCAGCUAAUCCUCUAAACCCAUUUUCUGACAAAACGAUCCACACUCCAUCCCCAAAUGCCCAGGAUUUCAUAGGCAUCCCUCAUCUAGGAUUUUCUGAAUCCUCAACAAAGCUGUAUCCUGAGCUGGCCCCCACACAGGGUCCCCACUCAGCAGGCUCCCCUGCUCCUGGGUUUUUGAGCUCCACAGCAGAAUUGGCCCAUCUGUCUCCCCAUCCCCUAGCACCUGGAAGUCAUCUUGGGCUUCCAGGUGGAACUGCCUCAUGGUCCAUGUUGGAAGUGGCUUCAAACCCUGCAUCCGCCCAGCUAGUCAAAGCCGAGGUGGCCAGAAGAGUACACAGUGGGGUGUCUUUGCCAACUUUUAAGAGCACUGCAGCAGCGACCCAUGUGGCUGAGCCUUCCCCUUUCCAGACUUCAGAAGCAGUGGCUGCAGAAGCAGUGGCUGCAGAAGUGACCCGCGGAAAGCUAGCUCCUGCCACUGCAGAUGACUCCGCUAAGCUGCCGCAUUUGUCAGCAGCUCCAGAGGAUUCCGGAGGGCCCUCCCUCUCGGCUGAGCAUACGUCUUCCUCUUUGGUGCCUUUUCCUCUGCCUUUUUCCACACCCGGUCAAGGGAAAGGCAUCCUUUCUGGGGCAGUUCCCAUAUUACCCUCCAACGGGACAGCUGACUUUCUCUCCAUGCUCACAUUCCUCCAGCCUGCAGAGAAUCAUGCCUCUCCGUCCCUUGUACCAGAGAUGUCCACUCCUCGAGAGGAGGGCGAUGAUGGUUCCCCUCCUUCUGCAGCUACAGAUUCCCUCCACUCACGCAAACUUCCUAAUCGUCUUUCUAUAGCUUGGAUAUUUCCCCUGCGGAAAGAGGAUAGCAUGACAGCAGUUUUAUGGAAAAAUGAAAAGGCAAAUGUGUCGGUUCCUCUCCAGGCCCUGCCAAGUGAAGAGCUUUCAAGUCUUCACACUGUAAAUGGAAUGACCUCUGAUUUGAGCACGGAUCAUAUUUCAUCUCCCAUCAUUACAACACCAAGAACAAAGCUCCUUUCUUCAGGAUCACCUCCACCUUACACAGCCUCCAUACAAACCACCCGGAUUGUUUCCCCAUCUCCUGGCUUUUCCAACAACCAUCCAGAGACUUCUGCAGCUGCUGUGGGCCAUUCGGAGUUGCCAGCUUCAGCUUCCAAACAGGUGACAGCAUCUCCCUCCCCCACGGAUGUCUAUGAUUUCUCAGUCAGAGACAUGAAACAGCCAGCAACCACAGAUGCUUUCUGGAGUUCUCUUUCAGCAGAAACUGGAUCCCUUUCCACAGAAGCAACAAUAUCUGGCUUGCAGCAGCAAACAAAUUAUAAUUUAAAUGGACACACAGUUAACUUCACAAGUUGGAAAACUUCAACUACUCCUCCUAGUGGUUUAACUUCAGCUGCCAAUGCAGUAACAUCUCAGGAUUUCAAAGAUACUGGGCGUUCAGUGACCACAGAAGGCUUUAGGAUUCAGGAUUUUGUCCCUGGUGCAAGCACUGACCAGCCUGGACAACAGUCAGAUGUGACCAUGGCUGGAAACCAUAUAGACCUCUGGUCCACAAGCAACAACAACAAUUUCAGAGACUUCCAAAGAGCUGAGGUUGAAUAUUACCCAUCCACAAGUCAACAUUCUGUGUCUCAACCCCUUCUGCAGCUGCAUGCCCAGUCAACACGUCCUUUUUUGCUAACCUCACCAAGUGUAACUGCUAUGGCUAACUUGCAGGAAAUGCUUUCAGAUGGAACAGAUAUAGGUUUUCAAAUUUACAGGGACAUCUAUCCAUCACCUGUGACAAAUGCUUCCACACCAUUCCAGAGUAUCCUGAGAUAUCAUUCUACUGCUGAAUCUCCUUCUAAAUCGACCAGUGCCUUUUCCAGGACCCCCUCCAAAGUGCUGCAGCUUUCUCAGCGCCCCAAGAAAUGGACAGUGGACUCUUCAGUGACACCCAAGGUAGAACCAACAGUAGCAGCAGCAGCAGCAGAAGCAGCCACCAUGUUGUUUUUAAGGAAAUCAAGUCCACCGGUAUUGUCUGCAGCCCUGGUUGGUAAGGGCACUGGCAGCAGCCCUUCGGUGGUGGCAUCAGGAUUAGCCAAGAGCAGUUUGACCACAGAUCUUGUUAAAAAUGUCACAAACAAGUUGGCAUCUGGCCCAAAGGCAACACCAGCAGCAGUCCAUACAGCCUUCCCCUUCACGCCAACCUACAUGUUUGCAAGAACGGCACACACCAUGAGCAUUCAUACAGCCAUGCAAGGGAACACGGGCCCUGCCUCUGGCCUGUUGUCCACAACACACCUCCCCAGGAAACCACAAGCCAUGCACACUGGCCUCCCAAACCCCACCAACCCAGAGAUGCCCAGAGCGUCCACCCCACGUCCGCUGACAAUCACAGCAGCGUUGACAUCCAUCACAGCAUCAGUAAAGGCGACCCGCAUGCCGCCUUUGCCUGCAGAAAACACAGAUGUUGCUCUUCCUGCUGCAUCGGCUGCAGUGGUCACAACUGGGAAAAUGGCCUCCAACCUAGAGUGUCAAAUGUCCAGUAGGCUCCUGGUGAAGACAGUUCUCUUUCUAAGCCAAAGGAGGGUGCAGAUCAGUGAAUCCUUGAAGCUCAAUGUAGCCAAAGGGCUCACGCAGGCAUUGCGCAAGGCUUUCCACCAGAGUGAUGUCUCGGCGCACGUGGACAUUCUGGAAUAUUCUCAUAAUAUCACAGUUGGCUAUUAUGCUACCAAAGGGAAGUUGGUGUACUUGCCUGCUGUAGUGAUAGAAGUGCUGGGUGUUUAUGGAGUCAGCAACGUCACUGCAGAUCUGAAGCAACAUGCCCUGAAUUUACAGUCUGUGGCAAUACUUGCCUCCCUGUGGAAUCCCCAGCCUGCAGGCUACUUCCAGCUGAAAACAGUGCUGCAGUUUGUGAGCCAAGCAGACAACAUACAGUCCUGCAAGUUUGCUCAGACAAUGGAGCAGAGGCUGCAGAAGGCAUUCCAGGAUGCUGAGAGGAAAGUCCUGAAUACCAAAAGCAACUUGAUGAUUCAGAUCGUGAGCACGUCCAACGCCUCCCAGGCCGUCACCUUGGUAUAUGUCGUGGGCAAUCAGAGCACGCUCCUCAACGGCACAGUGGCCAGCAGCCUCCUCAGCCAGCUAUCGGCUGAGCUGGUGGGAUUCUACCUCACCUACCCACCGCUCACCAUUGCCGAACCACUGGAAUAUCCCAACCUUGAUAUAUCAGAAACAACCAGAGACUAUUGGGUAAUUACAGUGCUGCAGGGCGUGGACAAUUCGCUGGUGGGCCUGCACAACCAGAGCUUUGCCCGGGUCAUGGAGCAGCGCCUGGCCCAGCUUUUCAUGAUGUCCCAGCAACAAGGUCGGAGGUUUAAACGAGCCACCACCCUGGGAAGCUACACUGUGCAGAUGGUGAAGAUGCAGCGUGUGCCAGGACCGAAGGACCCGGCGGAGCUGACUUACUACACCUUGUAUAACGGGAAGCCCUUGCUGGGAACUGCAGCGGCAAAGAUCCUGAGCACCAUUGACUCCCAGAGGAUGGCCUUGACCCUGCAUCAUGUUGUCCUCCUGCAAGCUGACCCCGUGGUGAAGAACCCACCCAACAACCUGUGGAUCAUCGCCGCAGUGCUAGCGCCCAUCGCUGUGGUCACCGUCAUCAUCAUCAUCAUCACUGCCGUGCUCUGCAGGAAGAACAAGAACGACUUCAAGCCAGACACCAUGAUAAACCUGCCUCAGAGAGCAAAGCCUGUGCAAGGCUUUGAUUAUGCCAAGCAACACCUGGGCCAGCAGGGCGCGGAUGAGGAGGUCAUCCCCGUGACUCAGGAGACAGUGGUCCUCCCGCUGCCUGUUAGAGAUGCUCCUCAGGAAAGGGACAUUGCUCAGGACGGAAGCACCAUCAAGACUGUCAAGUCCACCGAAACCAGAAAGAGCAGGUCGCCCAGUGAGAAUGGCUCUGUCAUCAGCAACGAAUCAGGGAAGCCCAGCUCAGGGAGACGCUCACCCCAGAAUGUAAUGGCACAGCAGAAAGUGACAAAGGAGGAGGCAAGGAAGAGAAAUGUGCCCGCGAGUGAUGAAGAGGAGGGAGCUGUUCUUUUUGACAGCUCUGGCAAGGCGACUGCAGACCCCUUUGACACGUCUUCUGGGUCUGUGCAGCUCAUCGCAAUAAAACCCACAGCCCUCCCCGUGGCGCAUGCCACCGCGGACAGGAGUCAGGAGUCGUCGGCAGUCCUCAACGGUGAGGUGAAUAAAGCCCUGAAGCAGAAGUCAGACAUCGAGCACUAUCGGAACAAGCUACGCCUCAAGGCCAAAAGGAAGGGAUAUUACGACUUCCCCCCAGUGGAGGUGAACAAGGGUCUGACCGACAGAAAAAAGAUGUAUGAGAAAUCCCAAAAGGAAAUAGAGCAUGUUUUGGAUCCAGACCCAGAACUGUGUGCUCCAUUCGCCGAGUCUCAAAACAGGCAACAGAUGAAGAACUCUGUCUACCGAAGCCGGCAGUCUCUGAACAGCCCAAGUCCAGGGGAAACCGAGAUGGACCUCCUGGUGACUCGGGAGCGACCCCGGCGUGGAAUUCGUAACAGUGGAUACGACACGGAGCCCGAAAUCAUAGAGGAAACCAACGUGGACAGAGUUCACGAGCCCCGGGGCUAUGCCAGGUCGCGGCAGGUGAAAGGCCACUCGGAGACCUCCACUCUGAGCUCCCAGCCCUCCAUCGACGAGGUGAGGCAGCAGAUGCACAUGCUGCUGGAGGAGGCCUUCAGCCUGGCGUCCGCGGGCCACGCCGGCCACAGCCGGCACCAGGAAGCCUACGGCUCAGCCCAGCACCUGCCCUACUCGGAGGUGGUGACCAGCGCUCCGGGCACCAUGACACGGCCCAGGGCCGGGGUGCAGUGGGUGCCAACCUACCGCCCAGAGAUGUAUCAGUACAGUCUGCCCCGACCGGCUUACAGGUUUUCCCAGCUUCCUGAGAUGGUCAUGGGCUCUCCGCCUCCACCUGUACCUCCCCGGACUGGCCCUGUGGCCGUUGCUUCUCUCAGGCGGUCCACCUCAGACAUCGGCAGCAAGACCAGGAUGGCCGAGUCCACGGGGCCCGAGACGGCCCAGCUACAUGACAGCACCUCCUUCGCCCAAGUGUCCCGAGGCCCCGUGUCCGUGGCGCAGCUGGAUCAGUCGGCUUUAAAUUACUCAGGUAAUACAGUGCCGGCGGUGUUUGCCAUCCCAGCUGCCAGCAGACCUGGCUUCACCGGCUACUUCAUCCCGACGCCUCCUUCGUCCUACAGGAGCCAGGCCUGGAUGUCCUAUGCAGGAGAGAAUGAGCUCCCGAGCCAGUGGGCAGAUUCGGUCCCACUCCCAGGGUACAUCGAGGCUUACCCCCGGUCCCGCUAUCAGCAGAGCUCGCCCUCGCGGCUGCCCCGCCAGUACAGCCAGCCAGCCAGCAUGCACCCCAGCCUGGAGCAGGCCCCCGCACCCUCCACGGCUGCCUCGCAGCAGAGCCUGGCGGAAAACGACCCGUCCGAUGCACCCCUGACCAACAUCUCCACUGCAGCCCUGGUGAAGGCCAUCCGGGAAGAAGUGGCCAAGCUGGCCAAGAAACAGACGGACAUGUUUGAGUUCCAGGUCUAA